AUGUCGAGGCAGUGUCACGAGCAGCAGCAGCAGAAGCAGCAGCAACAACAACACCUGGGCAGCAGCGCGAGCGGCGGCGUCGGCGUGGUGACUGAGUCGGUGGCCUUCAAGCUCGUGUGCGACAUGCAACACCUGCGCGGCAAGGUCGACCUCAUGUGCAGCCUGGGCGCGGGGCUGGCCCAGCGAUGGGUGGAGGAGGUCGUCCAUCUUCAUCAUCAGCAUCUUCAACAAAAGCAUCGUCAGGCGGUGGAGAGUCGGCUGCGUAGCGAGAUGGAGGAACUGGUGCUCGAGCUGGUGGACGUGAGCGUCGAGAUUCAACGGAUGAAGGAGCGCAAGGAGCUGGCCCAACGCUUCUUCUACCUCGCCGAGCGUCGACGGUCGUGGUGCCAAGUAUACGAUGAGGACGACACCGAUGAAGAUGAAGAUGAAGCCUUCUACACGUCGACAUCAUCAUCAUCAUCAUCAUCAUCAUCAAAGAAGGGCGAGGCGAAGGCGAUGAUGCAACUGAUCGACCUGGACGAGUGCGACCAGGUGAUCGACAAGCUGACGACGCUUCUGCUGGGGUACCUCACCGCCGGCGAGCGCGAGGAGGAGGAACGAGCCCUCCGCAUCAAGGCCCAUCUCGACAUGUCGGCCGCGGACGCCUUCCUUCGCCAACCGAUCAGCUCAUCAGGCCCCCCUCCGACAGCAGGCGUCAUGCGAUUACACAACCGCGAGCAUGAUGACAAUUUGCUUCGAUAG